GAUCAGUAGUUUCCUAUUAUGUUCUGCUGCAUUCUGAAGUUAUUCUUUACUAGCUUCAUAAGUUAAAGAUUUUAUACGUUGAUUUUUAUGGGAGUACUUGUUGCAUUCUUUGUUUUCCAAUAAAACAUCGUUGAAUUUUUGUUUUCCAGCAAGCAAUCCAUCAUGAGUCAGCAGAGUAGUAACCAAAAUGCAAGCACAGACGGCUCCAGGGAAAAGACGCCUUUGUACGACGAGUUUAUUCGGGAUGAAUUUCCUGAAGAUGAUAAGGGUCGACCUUCAAGAUAUGAUGUAUUUUCCAGGGAAAAUUGUCGGUUCUUUGAUCGUCCUAAUAAUCCUUCAGGUUCUAUGGACUACUCUCCUGCAGAUGAGGCCGGAGGGGUAUCCGAAGAAGAUUCUUUCAACCUCAAAGAAGAAGACAUACCACUAUUCUUAAACAACAUUUACCAGCCGGUGAAACUGGACAAGGUUCGUGGUUUCGAUUAUGACGAGAAGACAUUUAAAAUGCUGCUUCUCAAUGAAAAGAGCCAACAAGACGAGUUGAAGCUACUGGGGGUUGUUGGGAUGGUUGGUGUUGGAAAAACCACACUUUGUCGUUUAAUUCUGGAGGAAGAACAAGUGAAGCAGAGCUAUUUCCCAAGGCUUCUGAUAACCAUGUCCGGCUCCAUGGAAAAGGUUGUUGAAAAUAUGCUGGAACAUCUGGGAGUUGAACUCGAAGAAAUCAAAAGCUCCAUCGCCAACGAAAACAAACUUCCAGGUUUGCUCUAUGCUCUUCACCUAAAAUUGGAAGGUAAGAAGUUUCUGAUCGUGCUUGAUAAUGUAAAGGAGGAAGACGAGUACUAUGAAAAGCCAAUAACUGAUGUAAAGAAGGAAGGCGAGUACUGUGAUAAGCUAAUAUCUUGCCUAAAAUCCGGCCAUGGAUUCCCCAAGGGGUAUGGGGGAGCAGUCAUUCUGAAUGGUAGAAAUGAGGACGCAAUAAAGAAGAUAGUUGGAGAACGAAACUUGCACCGACUCCAGCUCCUUUCCGACCCCAGAGACUGCUGGUAUAUAUACCGGUCCUUAGCUUUGGGUGACAGUGACCAUCCAGAUGCUCGAACAGAUGACAUUCCAAGCAAACCAAACGAGGAACUGAAGAAGAAAUGUGGAGGUCUUCCUUUAGUAGCCCGAAUUAUGGGUGAAUUGAAGCAACGGCAAGACAAGAUCCGAGAAAAGAAUCCUGCCUCACGUCAACCAUCCAAUGGUUCAGGGGUUGAUCCAGAAGACACGACUCCACAGGAGAAUACGGGAUCAAAAUCAGGAGCACCUGAUCAAACUAGAAGCACCAGGGAGGCAUAACCUCGUUUAAAUGUCUUUGCUUUUUAACUGGAUAGGACAGCCCUUUUUCUCUUCUAAAUGGUUUGGUUUUUACUACUAGUGAUUACAUCAAGUAACCACAAAAUCUAUGCGUGUUUUUACUUUGCUUGUAUUUUCUUUUCUUACUUGCUUUGUGAGCAUAUGUUUAUGUUUGGAUUCGUGUUUGAAAGUUUUUUUUUAUCUAUUUUUUUUAUCA